CAUGAAUAAGGUUUGUAGAUUCACUCCUUGAAAGCUCUCUCUCUCUCUCUCACACACACACACACCACUUUUUCCCAACUGCAGUUGAAGAUGAAGCCUUGACAGUUGCCUCAUUAGCAACUACACUGUCACAUGUAUCUUCUUCUCUUUUCCUUUUCCUCUCUGGAAUUUUGAAAAUCAGAGCCCAACUUUUCACAAAGGGGGCUCAAAUUUCCCUACUCCAAAAAGACACUACAUUAAUACCUGAUAUAGGUGUUGUUGGAGAAUGCCGAGGCAGAGUUUGAUCAAUGUCAAUGUGAAAAUUGGAAGGAGAAAAUGCAAAGUGAGAAAGAGGGGGUGUUCAUCAUCUUCUUCAUCAUCGUUGGUGCAGAAUAACUGGUUGAAGCGCGCUUUUUUGGUCGGGAAGCGACUGGGAUCGAGCACCACCCAUGUUCCUAGGUGGAAGAUGAUGACCUCCAAAUCACCAUCACUCAAUUAUGUGGCCACAACGGGUGAUGAAAAGGCGAGGGAGCUGUCGAUUUCAGCCCGAAAGCUGGCUGCCACUCUCUGGGAGAUUGAUGGCUUUCCUUCACCAAGAGUGGAGAGGGAGAAUUUGGAUGAUAGGAGGAGUGAGGUUGGGGGAGUUGUUAGGAUGCUAGAAUCGGGAUCAACGGCUCUUGUUUUGUCUGAUCCGUUUCGUAGUCCUCUUACUGAGAGAAUGGAACCUCAUCCACCAAAAAUGGCCAGCCACAGAAGGAGAGCAUCAGCAAGUUCUCAGAAGCUGGAUAGUACUAAUUGCCUCCUUGAGACAAUGCAGGUUGAUCAGGCGCAGAACCAUGCCCGAAGCCCAUAUAGGCACGUAGUUGGAACCAAGAAUCGUCUCAAGGAUGUCUAUAACGGCCUCAUAACUUCAAAAGAGUUGCUCAAAGUGAUGAGCCGUGUUAGCCAUCUUGAUGAACAGAACUCUACGCGUUUAUCCCUUUUCUCGGCCCUAAAGUUUGAGCUGGACCGGGCUUGUAUCCAUGUAAGUAAAUUGAUCCAAGAGCAACGGAAGGGGGGUGAGAUUGGUGUGUUGGUAAAGCAGUUAGAAGAGGAGAAGUUAGUUUGGAAACUGAAAGAGCAAGAUAGGAUUCGCAGUGCCAUUGCCUCUGUAAAUGGAGAGCUUGAAACUGAGAGGAAAAUGAGGAGACAGACGGAGAGGCUGAACAAGAAGCUCGGGGUAGAACUGGCAGAGACGAGGGAGUCCCUGACGAAGAUGAGCAAGGAGCUCGAGAGUGAGAAGAGGGCACGAGAGAUAUUUGAGCAAGUUUGUGAUGAACUGGCUCGGGGCAUAGGGGAGGAUCAGGCUGAGGUGGAGGAACUCAAGAGGCGUUCGGCUAAAGUAUGUAAAGAGGUGGAGAAGGAGAGAGAGAUGCUCCAGUUAGCUGAUGUGCUGCGUGAGGAAAGAGUGCAGAUGAAGCUUGCGGAGGCCAAGUAUCAAUUCGAGGAGAAAAACGCGCUUGUUGACACAUUGAGGAGCGAGCUCGAGGCCUACUUGAAGUCCAAGAAUAGCAAAGAACAACAAGGUGAUGGCUCUCCAAGCUAUGACAAGAUCAAGGAGCUCGAGAGAUACUUGAGGGAGACGCUUCCUAGCCCAUACGAGUACCAAGAUAAAAACCGAGAUGGCAUUUUGGAUGUUUCAGCCCUAAACAAAGAUAAUCAACAUGAAGAGGAAGCAGAAGAUAGCGACGAUGAUGAUGAUGAGCAGGAGGAGGAGGAGGAGGAUUCAGCUGACAGCGAUCUCCACUCCAUCGAACUAAACAUGGAUGACAUCAGCCAGAGCUUCCAAUGGGGCGACGCUGCCAAAGCAGAGUCGAAGAGGAGGAAAUCCAUCUCAAGAAAGAUCAAGAAACCACCAUCACCAGUAGCAGAAGCAGCCAUUUUGUCAGAUGGGAACAAACAAGAAACUCUAGACAUGUUUGACAGGAGAGGGUUGUUUGAGUUCUCAUCGAUGCCAUGGAAGAAAAAGGAAAUCAAAGACGAGCUCGAGAGAUACAACAUGAUCAAAGACCUAAGGGACCAUAUAGUUUCCACUUCAAGAAUUGCAUCCUCUCAAGACUUGGCUACUCCUUCAAAGGAGGAUCCUCCUAAUGGUGGUGUGACUGUGCCAUGUCAUGGCUAGCAGCUUUAGGUGAGGCGUUUCGUCGCACCUCCUUAUCGGGGUAAGUGUGAAAACUUCCCCCCAGUGUGGCCUAUCUCAUGAAUUCAGGAUUGUAAACAGAAACUUUUGUUUCCAUAGAUUUAGAUAAGUCUACAAUUGUAUAAAUUAUGCUUAUUUGCCUCUGCAGCAAUGAAAGUGUUAUACUAUGUUGAAAUUUCUUGUAGCAUGAAUAGCUUUUUAAAGAAAUCUUAAAGUUUAACCAA